AGGGGGGUUAUAGGGUGUCCACUGCCUGCCACUCUCCGUUUCUCUUCUCUCUUUCUCUCUUACACACACUUACUGUGUGUAUAUAUAAAUUUACUCAAAAUACUUCCAAGUUUCCAACUUUCAUCCAAAUUUCAAUUCUUUCUUGUAAAUCUUGCAUUACCCAUUUGCUGUUUUGCUUCUACACUGAUGGAUAAUGCUUAGUGUUGUCUGGCUGCAAGCCUUCAACCAUUAGAACUCUAGAACCAGGAUGAAGUUUGUAACAAAGAAAGUGCUCAAGUCCAUAGUACCGCUCCGGUUAAAAGGGAAAUCAGCCACUCGUUUUUGUUUUUUCCCAAAAAGUAAAGCCGAAUAUGGGCCAGGAAACACACCGGUAUUUCUUAAUGUUUAUGACUUGACACCGAUGAAUGGCUAUGCUUACUGGGCAGGCUUUGGCAUCUUUCACUCUGGUGUAGAAGUUCAUGGUGUAGAAUAUGCAUUUGGAGCUCACGACUAUCCAACUAGUGGUGUGUUUGAAGUCGAACCAAGGCAAUGCCCAGGGUUCAAGUUUAGAAGGUCAAUAUUAAUCGGGACUACAUGUUUGAACCCUGCUCAGGUCAGAGAGUUCAUGGAACAGCAUGCUGCAUACUACAAUGGUGACACAUAUCACCUUAUAGUCAAGAACUGUAACCAUUUCUGCAACGACAUUUGCUACAAGUUGACUGGCAAGCAAAUCCCAAAAUGGGUUAAUCGAUUGGCUAAACUGGGUUCGGCAUUUAGUUGUGUUUUACCAGAAGCUCUUAGAGUGUCAGUUGUGCAGCAGGAUCCUCGUUGCCUAACAUUAGAGAGUGAAAGCGAGAAGCGAAGGCUAAGAAGCAGUAGUUUUAGUUGCCUAGCAUCAGUUUCGUCAAGGCAGAAACACCUGUCAACUUCUUCAUUGUUUCUGCAGUCACCUUUGAAGGGGUGCUUACCAUUGAGACCUCGUGUGCCAAUUGACAAGAAGGUUACCGGUUAGAGUUGGAUUUUUUGUUUGUUUGAGAAAUCUCCUUAAAAAGGCGGUUAUGGUUUGAUCAUUACUUAGCUGUGUAUGUUGUAAUCAAACUAUCAAAAGCUUUAGGAGAAUCUAUGUAUUUAUUAACUUGGGUUUAUGCAAGUAGAUAAGUUGUUCACA